UUUCCCAAAACCGAGCCUCCCCAAAAUCCACCGCAUGGACGCUCUCUCUCUCCCUCGCCCUCGCUCUCGUUCGCUAGCUCCCUCGUCCACUCGAAUCUUAGUUUUCUAAGUGCCUCGCUCAUCUCGCAUUGAGCAUCGCUGCCGACGACCGGAACCCUAAACUGACGCAGAUAUGUUAGAGGAUCAGGUAGCAUUUCUCCUUCAGAAGUAUCUAGGGAACUACGUCCGGGGCCUCAACAAAGAAGCACUCAAAAUCAGUGUAUGGAGGGGCGAUGUGGAACUAACCAAUAUGCAGCUCAAGCCAGAGGCACUCAACGCCUUAAAAUUACCGGUGAAAGUAAAAGCUGGAUUUCUUGGCUCUGUGAGGCUUAAGGUACCAUGGAGCAAGCUAGGUCAAGAGCCUGUUUUGGUUUAUCUUGACCGCAUUUUUCUUUUAGCAGAACCGUCAACCCAAAUUGAGGGAUGCUCUGAAUAUGCUAUACAAGAAGCUAAGAAAACUAGAUUACGGGAUCUGGAAAUGAAGCUAUUGGAGCAGCAGCAGCAGUUGAAGUCAGAAAUGAAUACAUCAUGGCUGGGUUCGGUAAUCAGUACUAUAAUUGGAAAUCUGAAGCUCUCCAUAACCAAUAUUCAUGUUAGAUAUGAAGACCUGGAAAGCAAUCCUGGCCACCCAUUCGCAGCUGGCUUGACGCUAUCUAGGCUUUCAGCAGUGACGGUCGAUGAAUCAGGGAAGGAAACUUUUGCUACUGGUGGGGCUCUGGAGCACAUUCAGAAGUCUGUGCAACUUGAUCGCCUAGCUUUUUAUUUUGACUCUGAUAUUUCUCCUUGGCAUAUUGAAAAAUCGUGGGAAGAUUUACUUCCUUCAGAAUGGAGUCAGAUAUUUGAGCUAGGAGUUGGCAAAGCUCAAUCAUUUAGUGAUGAUCCAAGAGAGCAUGAUUACAUUUUACAACCAGUGACGGGAAAUGCGAAGUACACAAAGCUGAGAAUAGAUGAAUCAAAAACUUCCGGACAAGCAUUACAGCAGGCAGUCAUUAAUCUAGAUGAUGUUACAUUAUGCUUAUCCAAGGAUGGAUUCAGAGACAUUCUGAAGCUUGCUGAUAACUUUGCAGCUUUUAAUCAGCGGUUAAAAUAUGCUCAUUAUCGUCCACAAGUUCCUGUAAAAUCUGACCCUAGAGCAUGGUGGACUUAUGCUUACAAAGUGGUAACUGAUGAAAUGAAGAAGGCGAGUGGGAAACUCUCUUGGGAGGACGUUUUGCGAUAUGCAAGUAUCCGCAAGAGAUAUUUGUCCCUAUAUGCUUCUCUCUUAAAGUCAGAUUUAACCCGCUUGGUAGUGGAUGACAAUGAAGAGAUUGACAAAUUAGAUCGUGAGCUUGACAUUGAUGUCAUUCUACAGUGGAGGAUGCUGGCACACAAGUUUGUGGAGCAGUCUGUAGAAUCUGAUGUUUAUCAGAAUAAAAAGAAAGUGAAGCAAUCUUGGUGGUCGUUUGGAUGGAGUGCUUCUGGAAAGGAUGAUAGUGGCUCAAAAGGUUUCACUGAUGAAGACUGGGAGAGGCUGAAUAAGAUAAUCGGGUACAAGGAUGGCUCUGAUGAAAAUUUGGUGACUAGUCAGGAGACGGACUUGCCUCAAUUGUUUAUGGAGAUUCACAUGAAACACAAUGCAUCAAAGCUCAUUGCUGAUGGUCAGGAAUGCCUUGCUGACUUAUCGUGUGAGGGACUGGCCUGCUCACUGAAAACUUAUUCAGAGACAAAGGUUUUCGAUUUCAAGUUGGAAUCUUACAGGCUCUUAUCUCCAAAUGGUCUCCUUGCUGAGAGUGCAUAUACUGCUGAUUCUUUCGUUGGUGUAUUUACCUACAAGCCUUUUGAUGCCGAAGUAGAUUGGAGUUUUGUUGCUAAAGCUUCUCCCUGUUACAUGACAUAUCUGAAGGAUUCCAUUGAUCAAAUUAUCUCUUUCUUCAAGAGCAAUACUGCUGUUACUCAGACCUUAGCUUUGGAGACCGCUGCUGCAGUUCAGAUGACAAUUGAUGGUGUCAGACGCACUGCACAGCAGCAAGUCACUCAGGCAUUGAGGGACAGAUCCAGGUUUCUUAUUGAUUUGGAUAUUUCGGCUCCUAAGAUUACUAUUCCCACCGAUUUUUACCCUGACGACCAUCAUGCAACAAAACUUCUUCUUGAUUUGGGAAAUCUGAUGCUGUGCACACAGGAUUAUUGGAAUGGUGAUUCCUCUGAAGAGAACGCCAUGUAUUUGCAGUUCAGUUUGAUUUUAAGUGACAUGUCUGCUUUCUUGGUUGAUGGUGACUAUAACUGGAAAGAAACACUAAGUGAUAUCUCCUCUAGUCAAGCACAAAUUUGUAAUUUUUAUCCUGUUCUUGAUAAAUGUGGAAUCGCCUUAAAGCUUCAGCAGAUUCAUUCAGAAAGUCCAUUUUUUCCAUCAAUGAGACUUGCUGCACGGUUGCCAUCGUUGGGAUUUCAUGUCUCUCCAGCUCGGUACCAUAGACUUAUACAUGUAGCAAAGGUCUUCCAGGAUGAAGGUUCUAGCCCUGAUGCUCCUCGGCCUUGGAGUCAAGCUGAUUUUGAGGGAUGGUUGUCUAUUCUUACUUGGAAGGGAGUGGGGAAUAGGGAAGCCGUAUGGCAGCGAAGAUACUUAUGCCUUGUUGGCCCAUUUCUUUACGUAUUGGAAAAUCCAGAGUCACCAUCUUACAAGCAAUAUAUCAGUUUGCGCAGUAAACAAGUGCAUCAGGUUCCCAAAGAGUUCACUGGUGAUUCACAAAAUAUGAUUGCAGUGUAUGAUGCUGCCCAAUCAAAUCUUAAGGUGGAAGAUGCUAGCGCAUUGGUAUUACUUUGUGAUUCUGAUGAAUCAAGAAAAACAUGGCAAAAUCGUCUUCAAGGGGCAAUAUAUCGUGCAUCGGGUUCUGCUUCCAUCACUGGCUUUACUGAGAUGUCAUCUACCACUGAUGUUACAACCCCAAAAUCCUCUGAUAGCAAGAUAUUUCCAGAUGUUUGGAAUAUGGAGAAAAUUUUUUUUACUGGUGUCCUUGAUGAACUAAGAGUUUGUUUUAGCUCUAAUUAUGAGAGCAAUUUGAAUUUUAAAAAAGUGCUGCUAGGCAAUGAGAGCCAAUUGUUUGAGUUCCGUGCAUUGGGUGGUCAGGUUGAGCUUUCCGUUAGGGAAAAAGUAAUUUAUAUGGGCACCCUAUUGAAAUCACUUGAGAUAUUAGAUAAAUAUCAACUUGCUGGAGUAGCUUUGCCCAGAUAUCUUGCAAGAUCUUUCAUAAAGAAUACAAACCAAGCUAUGCGGGACAAUGAUCAAUUAAAUCAAGCUGACAAUGAAGAUAAGUUUUUCGAAGCAUCAGAUGAACUUGAUGAUGUUGGUUUGUAUCCUACUCAACGAAGUGGUAGUAUGUCAGAGUAUUUUGCUGCUCUAGCCUCCUCUCCAUCUUUAAGAUCUUCCAUGAAGCCUCCUAACUUUAGACGAGUUCCUGGUUUAAUACCCAAUGUUGAUAUUACAACUAGAAGUUCAAAUUUGGAAACUACUGAUAUUAUGGAUAGUUUUGUGAAAGCACAGCUGAUCUUGUAUGGCCAGGAUUCUCUUCAUUACAAUAACUUGGAUAAUAGAGUUGUAAUUACUCUGGCUACAUUGUCAUUCUUCUGUCAUCGACCAACUAUUCUUGCAAUAUUGGGAUUUGCUAAUGCUAUUAAUGCUGUGGAAAACAUCCAUGAUCCUGCUGGGGAUGUUAGCAAAUCUCCCAAGGCCGGCAGUAGCACUUUGAAAUUAGAUUCAGUUGAUGAACCCUAUAGCAACAUCGUCCAGGAGCCAGUUGCGAAAGGGUUUCUAGACAAAGGAAAAACCAGAAUUAUAUUUUACCUGUCGCUUAAUAUGGCCACAGCUCAGAUAUUUUUGAUGAAUGAGGAUGGGGUCUCUCUUGCUACAUUGUCACAAAGUAAUUUGCUCGCUGAUAUCAAGUAUAAAAGCUGCCCUUGGAAACCUGAAAAUAAGUGAUGACACUCUGCCUGGGAGUCAUUCAUAUUUUUGGAUGUGUGACAUGAGAAAUCCAGGUGGAAAAUCAUUUGUUGAGGUACAGCUCAA